GGGAUAUCGCACAAAGGAAUCGAGAAGAAGAAAAAACAAACAACGGUGGUCUUUUGUAUUAGCGGAGGUUGAUUAUUUUGUAAUUAGACCAAAAUGACUGAAGAGCAGGAUCUCUUGGCCAAGAUCAGCCAGCUUGCUGGCCAGAUCAACAGACACAAACAACAUCCUCAGGCCGAAGCUUCCCAUGGCGAGUCCCAUCACACUUCAUAUGUGUCCAGACACUCUCGGGCGCGUCCAGGGUGGGCACCAUAUCGCGGACGACCGUACGCGCGUGGGCGGGGCGGCGCGCCUUCGCACCGCAACCGAACGCUCGUUUUAAACAACACAGCAGGCUCCGCGACUCCCGCGAGCUCAACACCUUCCACUGGUCCUGCGACAGACAAUGAUAUUGAGGGGGCGGCGACGCCGAACGGCUGGGUCGCCAAACGCGACCGCCACAUGCAGCUGAUCAACUCGGCCAUCUAUGACAAGGAAGCUCAGGCGCGGACCAAAGCCAUGGAAGAAACCCGACAGGCUAAGUCUCGAAAGAAGGCACACGCUGAGCAGACCAAAGUGCUCCGCUAUGCGCAAGGCUUCGGUAGACAGCAUCCUGCUAGCGCUGCGGCGCCGCAGAUGUCUACUACCGCUGGGCCGUCGGCUGAGUACCAGGUUUAUUUCAAUGAUAUGCCCUUCCGGGUGUCUCGAGGCGGCAGUAAACUCAUUCGAGUAUCUGAUGACCCGAACAAGAUAAACACCACGCCGAAGAAGGUGACACUCGCCGGUGUAACUUUCGUGCGGAGCAAAAAUGGAAACCUCCAUCGUCUAGGGGCGGUGACUUCGAAAAGGAAACAAAUACCGAAGAAGAAGAACGAGCUGUGCACAAGAUUUACCACCACGGGCACCUGCUACAAGGGUCCGACCUGCCCCUACAUCCACGAUCCCAACAAAGUUGCCAUUUGCAAAGACUUCCUCCAGACUGGUAAAUGCAACGCAGGUAUAAGUUGUGAUCUCUCCCAUGAACCAUCGCCCCACAGAUCCCCCACUUGUAUGCAUUUCCUCCGCGGUCGCUGCGCCAACCCGGAGUGCCGAUAUGCCCACAUCCGCCUGACACCGGGGGCCCCCGUGUGCCGGGACUUUGCCAACCUGGGUUACUGUGAGAAGGGUGAGGCGUGUGAGCAGCGACAUGACCAUGAGUGUCCGGACUAUUCCAAUACGGGCACCUGCAAUAAGAAGCGCUGCCGGCUGCCGCACAUAGACCGGGCCGGGCAGAUCAGGAAGAACGCCGCCAUCAAGGCCGAGGGAGCCAAGGAUGAGGACGAGUCCGACGCCUCCAGCGAGGAAGAAGAGUACGAUGAGAUCGACUCGGAUGACGUUGACUCAGACGAGCUGGACGAUGAGCCUGAACUCAUCGAAGGGAACGGCAGUGGCGAGCUGUCGCAGCAGCAGGAUUACAUCCGCUUCUAAUUGUAUUGCCUACUAACUGCAAAAAUAGCAAACGGACAUGGAAUACUGGCAAUCGGAGAAAAAGAAAGACAGAGAAGAACAAAAGGAGAAGAAAAGAAAAGCAAAGAAAAAAGAGAAUAGAGGGGAUGACUUGAUAUUGGUGGAUGCAGUCCAGUAAUUUGGACGCACAGGUUGAUUGUUUCGGGUUGACUUGGUAGUUGAUACCCUAUUCUUAC